UCCGUGAACACCAAUAGCUGUGUGAAGUGUGAAAAUUCGGUUUGUUCGAAAAGACAUGCCGUAGUUUACUUUGACAGAGACGGGGAUAAAGUUUUGAACUCACUCAAAGCGGAUAGAUUUGCAACAGACCGAGUGAUUUCUUGACACGCUGACUCUGCUACAUUCUUUAAAUUAUCUCACUGAAAUAAUCUUGCUUGCGAGAUUGCAAAUCAAUGACUGACAUUUAAGUUUACACAUUUUCUGAUCUACUCGGUACUUGCAGUCUUUGACGUAAGGUGUCAAGCUAGCUAGCUAGCUAGCUUGCUUUAUCAACUUAUUUUAAAACGGUGACUGGGCUUUUUAAACAAGUGCCAGAUUAUAUUACUUAGGGGUUAUGUAUGCAUUGAGUAAAUUAUCAGUUUUCUGGGUCUUUUGUAACUCAGAUUUUCCUAUGGAAAAUAUAUCUAGUGUUCACUACUGUUAGCUGUGCAACGUUAUGUUAUAUUAGCAUUUAACGUUAGCUGUCCCUAGCAAAGUUAGUCAACGUAGAAGUAAGUUAGUUUGCAAGUGACUUGUGAUCUGUCAUAAAAGUUAUUGUUGGGUUGUCAUUGAAGUAACUCAUGGUAACUGACGUUACAUUCACCUCGGCAUCACGGUGAUUGUCUCAAAUUAUUAACAUGACUAUAUUUCUCGUGGCACUUGUCUGAAGUUUACAUAAUGUAGCUGAGUCCGACGAGAAGCUAGCUAGCUAGCUACCUCGCUGCUUAUGUUUACAUAAGGUUAAGAUGGUUUGCUAUUUAACUAAAUGUCGUAGACAACUCUACCAAGAUUCCAUGGCCUUAGAAUUGGUCUGUGUCUGAGUUGUUAGAAGUGUUUAAAAUGAGAUCGUAUUUACAGCUGUGAGGGAAUCUUUGGCAAGUGUUCUCACAUUUAUUUCAGGGGACAGUUACCCCAAAAUACCUGAGUCCUAUUCACAUUAUUCAGGGAGGUCGAGUGUUUUAGUGUCGAGAUGUGCAGGUUACUGAAGUAUUGCAUUAGUCACUGUCUGUAUGCAGCAGUGACUAGGUUCAAGGAAGUUGUUAAAGAUGUUAGUAUGUGGACUUCUGUACGCUGCCUGGGCUACCUAUCCAAUCUCAGUCUGUUUGUGGCUAUAUGUCUUGGGCUUUAUGCUCGGUGGGAGAGGACUGCAGAAUCAAUUGUUCUGGUUAUUUUGAUUUUGGGGCUCUUUGUCCUUGGAAUAGCAAGUAUUUUUUAUUAUUAUUUCAGUAUGGAGGGUGUCAGUCUUAGCCUCUUCCAUAUCUGGUUUGGAUUUCUGCUCGGCCUUCUGUGUUUUCUCAAUAACCCUUCCCCUGAGAUAGAUGUUAAAGAGGAAGCCACCAAUUACUUACUUGUGGCAAGUGUAGUCAUAUUUACUAUGUGGGCACUUUUGGAAAGAAUCUGUGGCAACACUAAACCCAAUUUCAUCUUCCUCACAUCUUAUGAAGUCCUGGAGCUGACUGGCUUCACUGUUGCCAGCACUAUUCUGCUUAUUGAUAAAUCUGCAUGUGUUGGUGUUCUCUCGGUAGCACUGGGUGUGCUGCUUGUGGCGCUCCGGACAAAGUCUUUCCUGGCCCUCCCCAAUACAAUCUGUUUUGUGGCCAUCAAUGCAACUGUGUUUUUUAAAUCCCUGAACAUGUCCACCAAUCCGUUUGCCUUGGCGUGCUUCUUUGUGCGUCUCGUCUGCCAGCCACUGCUGGACGUCUACUUCAGUGGCCAGUCUGCCAUGGAGCGCUGGCAGCCACUGCUGCUGCGGGCAGGUCUGUGGCGCAGGCUCUCACUGCUGCCAUUACUCGCCGUGGAGGUUGCAUUCUUUGUGCUGGCUGCCGUUAAGCUCGGACACCUGGAUCUGUGGUACCUGCUCAUCCCUGGAUUCUUUAUAUUUGGGCUGUUUUGGGUGAUCUGCCACGUGGUGUUAAUCGUCACACUCUGGGGAUUCCAUAGUAAGCUGAGCGACUGUCAGAGAGUGCUCUCAGGACAGAGGUCAGACAUGAGCAGCCUGGACAGAGUCAUGGCGUCGAAAGGGAUGCGACACUUCUGCCUCAUUUCACAGCGCUUGGUCAUCUUCAGCGUUGUGUCCACUAUUAUCCUUGGGGCCCUCUCAUGGCAGCCAUCCAACAGUCUCUACAUUAGUCUGCUCUUGCUGGUUUUGCCUCUGGAGUCUUUGGCCCAUGGUCUCUUUCAUGAGCUUGGCAGCUGUCUUGGAGGGACUUCAGUGGGCUAUGCUGUGGUCAUCCCCACCAACUACUGCAGUCCAGAUGGCCAGCCCAUUCUCCUGCCCCCUGACCAGGUGCAAGCGCUGAACCUGCGCUCCACGGCCAUGCUAAACCACGCCCAGCGCUUCUUCUCCCACCACAUGAUCGACACGUUUGGCUGUGACUACUCCACCAGCGGCCUGACUCUGCAGGGCUUGCAGGCCAAGCUGUGUGCCUUCCUGGAGAGCACCACAGCUGACGGUCCACGCCACGACACAUAUGUGGUGUUCUACAGUGGACACACACACUACAGCGGAGACUGGGCCCUUGCAGGGGGAGAGACCCUGCGGCUGGAGGAGAUUCUGGCCUUCUGGAGAGAGAAGAACACGGGCAGCUGCUCUCGGCUAAUCCUCGUCUUGGACACUGAGAACUCGUUACCGUGGGUGAAAGCGGCGCGCCGGGUGGAGGAUGUCUACGUGGCGGUCCAGGGUGCAGAGCUCACCCACAGCUCGGACGUGGAGGUGCAGAACGCACCGCAGCUCGGGGACUUCACCGCCGAGUGGGUGGAGUUCAACUGUAACCCCGGCAGCGCCAUCCGCUGGACAGAAAGGGGCCGCAUAGUCAAGGCAGUCUACGGCCUCUCCAGAAACUGGGGGGACUACGAGCUUCACUUGCCCACUGGGAGUGAUGUGGCCAACCACUGGAGAGUGAACUUCCCACGGCUCACCUACCCAGUGGUGCAGCUGGCCCAUUGGUCAACCAGGCUGAAUCUCUUCUGGAUGUGCAACCUAUUUCUGAAGUGUCUCAGGAAGAUUAAACUCACCUGGUUUCCACCUGCUGUUCUGGACACUGGCCAAGGCUUCAAAUUGGUUAAAUCUUAGAGGAGGGUCUACAUUUUUUUGACCAUCAGCAUUGCACAUUGGAUAUAAUUAAAAAAAGGAUAUUCAUUUGAUUAUAAUUGAUUGUUAUUAUAAUGUUUCUUUUUUAUCAGAUGAUAUACAAUUUUAUUUGAAAACAAUUUUUACUGUGUUUUGUUCAUAAAUUGUUUUCUUAGCAUUUGUUUCAAUAUUUGUGUUCACCCUUGACUCUUUUCACACUCCAGAUCUCGGCUACAGCAAAUGUGGCUUUGAACUGGAAAGGAUUUGAAUUCCAGUUAUAGAUCUCUCAUAGUCCAAAAAGAUGAUGUCUAUCCACAAUAUAAUUACACUAUUUGGAAAGUUGGAAAAUGAAAGUUCAGAAUGAUUCACAGUCAUUCACAUACAAAUGACAAAUCACAUUCAAAAUAAUAUGCACUAAAAUGUUGUUAAAUUUUGUGUUUAAGAUUUUUUAUUUUGUGUACAUAUAGCCCACAGUUGAUGACAAACGACUUUACUUUUGUUUAUCCUGCUGUGUUAUUAUUGCUGUAACCGAAGGAGAAACUUGAAAGUGAUUCUUGGAUGAGAUUAGGUUGGGUUGUGUUUCUGACACUUAACUAGAGCAAGAUACUAACAGCACCAAGGUCAUUGUUUCAAUGAGGAAGUUUAAUCUUACAGUAGCUUACAGUGCAACAAAAUUCCACGCCAUGUUUUUCCUGUUUGUCAUUAAUAUUACAUUUACCAGCUGCUUGGUUACACAUGGUUACUGUACACGUUAGUGUGGAAGUCUGAAUGUGAGACGCGUUACUGAUGAUUAUAACUUAAUACUGUGUGUGUUGUGUUUUGUCUGGAAUCUGAUGUAAAGAAGUUACUGCCAUUCACAGUUAUUGUAAUGAUCUCCUAAAGUGAUCUACAUUUAGAUCUCUGCAGCUAUGCACCAACUUCUGCCUGUCAUUGAAGUGCCUUAUAAUAUUAAAGCUUUAAUUGUGCUACAUCCA